CACCAUGGUCUUCGCAACUAUUUGACAAAAACCUAGCAUGCAUGGCCGAAUCGCCUUAUAAGCUCUAUCUAGACCUCGAAGAGACAGAUUCCUAGCUAUAAGAGGUGUGAGUCUCUGUUGCGGCUUAAGUGAUGGUCUUUUGGUUGAUGCUUACAAGUCCUCAUUGUUAUCAAUAAUUGUAUCUAGUGUUAUUGUUCGUCGACUGUAUGUGCCAAAAUGCGCAUCAGACGACCCGCUCUUUCCAUUCUUCUACUUCUCGACCUUGGCUUUGCUAUGUUCUACUAUCCCACCCCACAGAUAUCGCUGCUAGAGCACAUUCUCGUGGACAACUGGGAUUCUUACGCAUCAAAUUUCUCGUCAGCCAUCACACCAUGCACAAAUUACGUGACAAUGACCGGAGAGCCGUCGCUCAAAUCUGGCCGAACCACUGCAGCUCAGUGGAUGCGGGUCGCGUUCCACGAUUUCAUUACAGGAAAUACUACAGCAGGCACAGGUGGUAUUGAUGCUUCCAUUGGAUUCGAAACUUUUCGAGAAGAGAACAAGGGUAGCGCUUUCAACGAUAGCUUCACAUUUUGGAGACCUUUUGUAAAUGAGUUCGUCCCAAUGUCUGACCUCGUGGCGCUGGGUACCGUCAUGUCCGUGAACCUAUGCGGAGGAAAGUACAUUCCUUAUCGUCCCGGUCGAGUAGAUGCUAUUCAAGCAGACCACACGACUGGUGUGCCCGAGCCCGGGACCAAUCUUGAGGAGACACUGGCACAAUUUGGGAGGGCUGGUUUCAACCAAGAGGACUCCAUCGCAUUGACCGCUUGUGGACAUACCAUGGGAUCGGUACAUCAUGGUGGAUUCCCGGAGGUCAGUCCAGAGUCCGCGGUCACACCUAACAACACAAACGGUGGAGUUGAUUUCGACAGUAGUCGAGGUGCAUUUGAUACUCGUGUUGUGCAUGAAUAUAUUGACGGCACAGGCCAGAUGGGUGGACCCCUGGUUAGCAGCUUUAACGAAACAUCCCGCUCAGAUUUGCGCCUCUUCGAAAGUGACGGCAACAAAACUAUGACAGACCUAUACAACAGUGGAGAGGGGUUCCAAGAGGUUUGCAUAGAAGUUAUGGGUCGUAUGAUCAACACUGUACCUUCUGCUGCAAAACUUGAUAGCCCCAUUAUACCAUUUUCCAUCAAGCCCAUCAAUGUUACAUGGGACUUCAAUUUGGACGACAGGAUUGUCCUUUCUGGAAAAAUAAGAGUACUCAGAGAUCUCUUAAGACCCACGUCUCCUGUGAUUUUCAUGAUCGGUGGCAAAACGGUGCAGCUAGAAGCUGAAGAAGGCAGAGGGAAGACAGUAUUUGGGAGCACUGGCACAUUUGACGACAAAGUAUACGGGUCCGCAAUAUACUACCCUUUCUCACUUCCUGGCGUCGGCCUGAGCAAUGUCACAUCUUUCACAGUUGCUGUUGGUGAGCAGGAAACGACUUUCCCGAUCUCUUGGGGGCCAUUUAUCGUUCCCAGUCUGACAUCUUCAGAUGGCCGAAGCGUAUCUUUCGGCGUGGCAAUCCCUCAAACCCUCAUUGAUGCUUUACCCACAGACUUUGAAGUGAAGAUCGUCGCUCCUGUCCCCCAGCCCUUAACACUGGGGCCGCGGAUUGUUAGCGGAAGUGGAUCCUGGACGGCCAAGUCUGGUUCGAGAGACGGGUUUAUAAUAUGGAAUGGCACAUAUGAGGUUGGACAGCAAGUUACAGGGGCAGUCAGCCUUCAUCUCAUACAUAGUAACAGAACCACGGACACGCUGAUAGUCAAUGCUGGCGUCGCGGGAUGGUAACAUGAUUGACACAGUCAAUACACAUUAAUCAGUGAGAAGAAGAAAAAGUUCCUUGGAGUAAGAUGAAGCUUUGGGUGAAACUGCAGGGAUGUUGAUAGGCGUACACGCCAAGUAGAAGGUGGUAUAAGAACCAAGUUUCUAGUCUGGAUAGCUGCCUGGAAAUACAGAGGGAAACCGCGUCAAGAGCUUGGAGUUAUCAUGAAUAUAAAAUCAGAUAAUUACCGAGCCA